UUUAAAAAGGGCGCAUAGCAGGGAAUCGCAGAAGCCCGUUUCAUCGUCAAAAGCGAAAGAAACCAAUAGUUGAUGACGAUAAUUGACCUCGUGAGAAAAUACCCAAAACAGCACCAAAAAAAAAUUAUUUUACUUUGUUUUUUGCAAUAUAUAGGCACUUUCUACGCUGUGAGAUUCCCUCUCAGCUCUGAUUUUAUUUACUGCGAAAGCCCUUUGCUUGUUUUUCCACCGGAACAAUGAUCAAGCUAUUUAAGGUCAAGGAAAAGCAGAGGGAAAUUGCAGAAAAUGCCAAUGGGAGGGCACCUGUAAAGAAGCAAAGUGCAGGAGAAUUACGUCUUCAUAAAGAUAUCAGCGAACUGAAUCUACCAAAAACAUGUAGCAUUUUAUUUCCCAAUGGCAAAGAUGACUUGAUGAACUUUGAGGUUACCAUUCAGCCUGAUGAAGGUUAUUAUCUAGGUGGCACAUUUUUAUUCUCCUUCCAAGUUUCCCCCAUCUACCCUCAUGAAGCACCUAAGGUUAAAUGCAAGACAAAGGUGUACCACCCUAACAUUGAUUUGGAAGGAAAUGUUUGCCUCAAUGUUCUAAGAGAAGAUUGGAAACCUGUUCUAAACAUAAACACUAUAAUUUACGGAUUGUUUCAUCUCUUCGCGCAACCCAACUAUGAGGAUCCCCUCAAUCAUGAUGCUGCAGCUGUCUUGAGGGACAACCCGAAACUGUUCGAGUCCAAUGUGAGAAGAGCAAUGGCUGGUGGAUAUGUAAGCCAAACCUUCUUCGCUCGUUGUAUGUGAGCUGCACUUGUAUUAAAAGCAUCCAUUUGCUUGAAGGUUUAUCGUUUGUAAGACUUGCGUGCUGUUAGGAGACAUAUUCUUCCGCACUACGUGAGGCACGCUUAAAAGGUGUUUGUGCUGCUGUAACUAUAUGAUGUGUUUGUGAAAUUGGAUGGAUCAUCAUAAUUUUCGUUUUAUGAGUGAAACAAGUUCGGAUGUGGAACUUGUGACUUUUUUUUUUUCA